AUGGCAAUUAUUGGAAGUUGCCUCUCUCCAGAUGCGCGCGAUAAUGAAAUGGCGAAAGGGUGGUUCGAUGCAGUCGAGGAGAUGGUCUUCGAUGACGAUUGGCUUGACGAAGAUUUAGGAGCAUCGGUGCCUUUUCAGAACGUGAAAGAUGGAGAGCGUUUGCAAUCUCUGCAGGCAGCCUACUUUGUGUGCCUUUAUCAGAACUGGGAGGGUUCGGAUUCCAGUAAGGGGCGUAUCAGACGUCAUCGCUACAAUACCGUGAUCGCGGUCGCCCGAGCUCUUCAACAGACUGCGGUCACUCACCAAGAUUUCUCCUCCUUGAACGAUGAAAGUAUGUUCGAGUGGAAGGAAUUUAUUGAAACAGAAACCAAGAUUCGCACUAUUUGCUACGUCUAUCUGCUCGAUGGAGCAUUUACCAUAUUCAACAACACGCCACCCAGAAUGAUGGUUUUCGAGAUGCGAAUGUGUCUCACGAGUCCCAAUCAGACAUUCCAAGCAGUCACCGCAGCCGAAUGCUUUUCACUUCUGAAACAAUGGGUCUAUACGAUUCCCCGUCAGUGCCCCAUGGCUUCGGCUCUGGAGAUGCUUUGCAAGCCUGAUCUUGACGUAGAAGAAGGCAGACUAUUUGCUAACAUGGGAAUUCUCAACAUGUUCUCUAUGAUUACCGGAUUACACACCUCCACCUUCCAGAUCCAGAACUCUCUAGCACCCCCAGGCGCGAUGCAACGAAUUGAACAUGGUCUAAGAAAUUGGAAAACCGCGUGGAACAACCAGAGAGUCGUUGACGUUGUUUCUGAAUCUGACGAAGGUGAUCCAUUCCCAGGAAUGUGGAAACAAAUCGGCUUCAUCAAGAACGCAUAUGAGUAUUGGCUUUUAUGCUGUCUACUUGUAGAACGGUCACCCUUGAAGGAUUCGGAAGAAACAAAACCAGUUCUAGGUCAGUACGAUGAGACAGAUAUGGACCAGGUCAAAGAGCUCAUUGCGCAAUUUGGGAAUAUGAUUUUUGAAGGAUAG